AUGCCUUCUAUUGAAUAUGAGCUCGUGCCGGGGACGGUUUACAUCCUGAAUGAGCACGAAACUAUCUCUCGCACUUAUUCCAACGUUGACAUCACCUUGCGACCGACACCCUCGAAUGAUCCCGGGGACCCGUUGAGAUGGCCAAUGUGGCGCAAGCCGUAUUUCCUAUGGAUACUCGUUCAUUACGCCAAUAUCCUCGCCGAAUUCAACACUACCACGAUGCUGCUCAACAUUGGACAAGCCCUAUUGAUCCUUAUGCUGGGCGUCGCAAAUCUUGUCUUUACCCCCCUUUCAGACAAAUUUGGCCGACGACUUGUGUACUUGCUAUCUGCUUUCUUUGUGGUGAUCUCUCACAUAAUCCUCGCUACAAGCAAGAAUGUUGCUGGUUAUAUCGUUGGCCACACCUUGAUGGGAAUAGGCGCUGCUCCAUUUGAAGCACUUCCAGCCAUUUCCAUCUCUGAUGUAUUCUUCGCUCACCAGCGUGGAACCAUGCUUGGAGGCUAUGUUUUUAGUUUGGCAUUUGGAUCAUUCGUCGGGCCCAUCUGCGCAGGCUACAUUGCUGUGAACCAAGGUUCGUGGAGGUGGGUCUAUUGGUGGGGACUUAUUCUCAGCGCCUUUAUCGGACUAGCCAUGUUCUGUACCAUGGAAGAAACCCUCUUUCUGCGGACCGUGGAGUUAUCAGAGACGUCGGAUCGAAUACCCACGAUCAAUAUUUCCACGAAGACUGAUUUGGAGGCGAAAGGAGAGGAUAAACAAGCAAAAGAUAUUCCACCUGUUGAUGAAAGCGUUGGUGAGAGUUUCCAUCUCACCAGCUUUAGAUUCUUUGGUCCCAUUUGGACAGUCUUCCCGGGCACUUCCAGUGAUUUCCUCAGGAGACUCUGGCGUCCGCUCACUGUCUCUAUUUUCCCCCCAGUACUAUGGUGUGGUGUGAACUACGGUACCUGCAUUGCCUGGCUCGCCGUGCUUGGGACAACGGUUAGCGAGAUCUUCAGCAUUCCUCCCUACAACAUGCAACCCAAUGCUCUUGGGCUUCUCUUCAUCGCUUCUUUGAUCGGAUCUCUCAUCGGGGCUUACUUCACAGGGCCCCUUAACGAUAAACUUUCUCUCUAUCUCUCCCACCGCAACUCUGGCUUCCGUGAGCCCGAGUUCCGUCUCUGGGCCUUCAUACCAACUUCUCUGAUCUUGCCUGGCGGUCUCAUCAUCUACGGCACAGCUGCUGCGUACGGGCUUCCCUGGAUCGUGCCAGCGGUGGGAAUGGGCAUGGUUGGGUUUGGAAUCUCCGUCGGGGGCGGUGUGACCGUUGCCUAUAUCCUCGAAUGCUACAGGGACCUCGCGGGGGAGGUCGUCACAACUAUUAUUCUCAUCAGGAAUAUCAUCGGCUUUGGCAUUACAUUUGGGGUUCAGCCGUGGAUUGAUGGCAUGGGGUUGCAGAAUACGUUUGUAAUUAUGGGCGCAAUGAGUUUCGCGAUUACGGGAUUCAGCUUGUUUUUCAUUUGGAAGGGAAAGAGUGUGCGGAGAAUGACGAAGAACAGAUAUCUGCGCUAUCACCACUAG